UCCCGCGUCACCAAGCUGGACACAAACACUUCACCGCCGCUCAAUCCUGCUCUUAAGGUACCGUCAAAAUGUCUGACGUGGACGGCGACAGCACCAUGCACUCCAGUCCGUCGCUCAACGGUAACGACGACGACGAAAUGUUCCCCGACGAGGCUCUAUCUCACAAUCCCAACCCUAACCCCGACCCUUCCACACCACACCAUCCCUCGAUCAACCUCGCCUCCAGGGAACUGUCCCCACCUAAUUCCCAGAGUCAACCCCGCGACCCCGCUAGCCUUACGCUAGGCGUCAACGCGAACGGGAAGCGUCCGCUAUCCCAGGCCCAGACAGCUGGAAUGCUAGGCGGAAGUCAUCAAGACGCUGAGACGGGUUACCAGUGGUCCAAGCAGGAAGAGCAGCCUGGAUACGAGUGGAAGAACACGAGGGCGAGGGAGGACGAGGCCAGGGCGCUGGAGAGCAUUGUUGACAAGGGCAGUCAGAUCAAGUUGAGGUACGGAGAUCCCUUGGAUGCGAGUGUGGAGGCAAAGAUGAAGCGUUGAGCAGGACUGAGUGAAGGGCUCAUCAAGAGUCGGACAGCAAACAUAGGAAGAAGGUUACAUGAUGGAUACGGCCUACUUAUACCUGAGCGAAAUGGCUAUCAUAAGAGAUUUGGACAGCCAGAACUUCGGAACAGCCAGCAGCGACUGCCAGAGAAUUGCAGUUUACACGAUGCAAACCAGAGGCCAUAGCCAUGCACAUACCAAGGCGAUUGCCUGCGCAUGAAUGCCAUGACACUUGAUAGUAUCAAUGAAAGUGGAUUGUACUACCAAGACUGCCAAAAUA